UUCCUCUCUAAUAAUUUCUCCGCUGUAGUACGUAGUAGCUAUAGCAACAACGUGUGGUGUUCCUCUCCUCCUUAUCCCCUCACCCCCUCUCCCCCACACUUCACUCAAACCCAAAAUUACAUAACCCCAAAGUAAACACAAUGCAAUCCCCUCCCCACCAUUACCACCAUGUCCCAAGAGGAUGACGCCGAGGGCGCACGUGCCGCAGGUGGUUCUCCUCGGCGCAGGCAUGGAUGCAAGAGCUUACCGUCUCAGCUGCUUAAAAGAGUGCGCCGUGUUCGAAGUCGACUUCCCGGAACUCCUAAAAACGAAAGCCGAAAUCAUACACGAAGCGACGAUAUCGCCGUGUCACCAAAGGGUAACAUUGCAGGCCAAGUCUCUGGUCCGAGUCCCCGCCGAUCUUAGAGAACACGACUGGCUCGAAAAGCUCCGAAAACACGGAUUCAACCCAAACAAAACCGCCGUGUGGGUUCUCGAAGGCAUAUUGUAUUACCUUCCCCAACAUAACGCGAUGAAUGUGCUCGAAUCCAUAGCUGCGAAUUGCGCACUGGCUCGGAUGACCCUCCUCGCCGACUUCAUGAACAAAUCCUCGCUUUCGCUCUCGAAUUCGGGCACAUACCAUUUCUACAGCGACUGGCCCGAUCAUUUGCUACCGACUAUCGGGUUCUCGAGGGUGAAAUUGUCGCAGAUAGGGGAUCCCGACGCGCAUUUUGGGCUGCUGCACGACCCGGAAAAUUUGUUCGAAAAGGUUCGGAAGUUGCCAAGGUCUGUGCAGACUCAUCCCGAUGACGGGACGCCGUGUUGCAGAUUGUAUUUGGUCGAAGCUUCGUGAUCGCCUAACGAAACGGCUUAGUAGAAGAUCGAUUAAAGCGCGAAAGAUUUCGCAUAUAAAUAUACAUAUACAUUUUAUUUCGUAGUAUAGGCAUUCUUCCAAUAUGUCAUGCAGAAUUUUUCAAAGACAAAUUGAAGUCAUAAUUUCAUAUAUAUAAUUUGUUAGUGGGACUUCAUUUUUCAAUUUUAAUUCA